AUGGAAUGCAUCACCACAGUGACCUAUUCCCUCGACAUGAAUGGAGGAUUGACAAAACCAUUUCAAGGAAGAAGAGGCAUUCGACAAGGUGACCCUAUGUCCCCUUACUUGUUUGUCAUAGCCAUGGAGUAUCUGCAGAGAGAACUUGCACAGCUGGCAAAGAACAGGAACAUCAAAUUCCAUCCCAGAUGUAGGAAACUGGGAGCAAUGCACAUUUGUUUUGCUGAUGACCUACUGAUGUUCUGUAAAGCUGACAUUACAUCUAUCAGACUACUGCAACAGACAUUUCUCAAGCUCAUCUGGACUCCAGGCAAAUGCAGAAAAAAGCUCCAUCUACCUAGCAGGUACCUAGGUGUACCACUAGCAUCCAAGAAUUUGUCUAUCAUCCAAUGUUGGCCAAUAGUAGAGAAGAUUACACAGAAGAUCAACUGUUGGAUAGCAAAAUUGCUUUCAUAUGCUGGUAGGCUCCAGUUAAUUAAAUCAGUCUUGUUUGAGGUACAAUCAUACUGGGCUCAAAUCUUUCUGCUGCCUAAGAAGAUAUUGAAGAUGAUUGAAGCCAUAUGUAGAUCAUUCUUAUGGUCUGGAACAACAACUAUCACCAACAAAGCACUAGUUGCUUGGGAUAGAAACAAAGCAGCAAUUGCAAAACACAUGUGGGCAAUUACAAUGAAGAAGGACAUUUUAUGGAUCCGAUGGGUUCACACCUUCUACAUAAGAAACAUGAUAGUGGAGAGCAGUCCAAUACCCAAGAAUGCUGCUUGGGUGGUGAGAAAGAUAAUAGAGACAAGGAACCUUGCUCUUGAAUUACAAGGAAUUCAGGGGGAUCUGAUCAACAGACUUUUCCAAAUAUAA